CAUGAGGAUAAACAGGAAGAACUGCAGGAACCCGAGGAACCCGCUCAUGAGGAUAAGGAGGAAGAAGUGCAGGAACCGGAAGGGCCAGCUCAUGAGGAUAAGCAAGAAGAAGUGCAGGUGUUCGAGGUGCCAGUAGAGGAACUGCAACAGCCAGUGCAGGAAGAGGAUCAAGAAAAAGUUCAGAAACUCGAGGAACUAGCUCAUGAGGAUAAGGAGGAAGAACUGCAGGAACUCGAGGAACCAGAUCAUGAGGAUAAGGAGGAAGAAUUACAGGAACUCGAAGAGCCAGCUGAUGAGGAUAAACAAGAAGAACUGCAGGAACUCGAGGAACCCGCUCAUGAAGGUGAGGAGGAAGAAUUCCAGGAACUGGAAGAGCCAGCUGAUGAGGAUAAGGAGGAAGAAGUGCAGGAACCCGAAGAACCAGCUCAUGAGGAUAAACAGGAAGAAGCACAAAAACUCGAGGAACCAGCUCAUGAAGAUAGGGAUGAAGAAUUUCAGGAACUGUAA